AUGAGAGAAGUCAACUUUAGUAUCCCCAACGUCAACAAGGCGUCGGUGGGGAUCACCACAGCCUUAUACGAUCGCCGAGCACUCGACUGCACCUCGACUUUGCCUCUGAUCAAUUCGCUUAACCAUCUUGCCUAUCUUACAACGUCGUCGGCACGUAUCCGCGAUAUUCUGACCGUGGAUGGGGGUAUCGAACGCCUUGUCUGCAUCCUCAAGCAGGGCCGGAAUGGGGACAUGAUGAGCGUUUGGAAGUGGAAUCUGGCGUUUCAAUGUGUUGUGAACAUUGGUGUCCGAGGAACGGAGGCUGUGCGGACCAGGGUAGUGGAGGCAGACAUGGUUCCUGUCAUCGCCACGAUCCUGGACAACUACAUCAAGGUCAUAGAUCGGUGUCGCGAGAAGGCGGACGAGCUGAAACAGAAACAGUCCCAUGAUCAUCACCACCGACACAAGAAUCAUGACCACCGGCACUCGUCGAAAACCUCUCCUACCUCACACAGCGGCCGCUCAGCACUUCGCGAUGGAGAAGCACGAAGUCUCGCACGACGAGAGGCAUCGACGCACAUCUCUAUGCCACUACCGAUGGGGUUCGCGCGAAAUAUUCGCGACAUAGAUCGCCUGACAUCCAUGACCGCCUUUGGAUCUACUGACUUGAUGGCCCAACCACUGUCACCAACGACGCCCGUCCCUCUUCUCCAACUGCGGCCGCCCGCAGUACGAUCUGUAGCAAACUUGGAUACUACAGUUGGCCGAUCGCGAAGGCGGCCCUCAAUCAGACAUCAGAACUCGACGGCGGAAUCGGAUGACUUCAAUGGUGAUAGCAUGCCAUCGGACGAGGCACCGGAGGCUGAAAUGACGGGUGCUGCGGAUAUGCAGUCUGCUGUGGGUAUCCAAGAUAUCACCAUGGAUGAUAACGAGGCUCUCUUGGCGGGAGACGCGCUCGAUCUGACCAACCCCACGGCAUCCGAGGCCCACCAAGACGCCGAGACGUUCAAUAUCACUCACCGCACAAAUCUCGAUGGGAGCAUCCGAGAGGACAUGACACACACUCCGGUUGCGCCAGUGGGCCUCUCGCCCAGCCGUCCGAACCUUGUCGCAACACCACACCCGCCGGCUCAGAUUUCUACCAUUCCCCGGUAUCUGCUUGACCGCCACCUCAUCCCCCAUCCGCAGUUGCUGUCCGCAAUGCCACGCGAAGAAGACGUGCUCAUGUCUCUGCAAUUGUUGGCCUACGUCUCAAAGUAUUGCUGCCUGCGGACGUACUUCCAGAAGAGUCAUCUCGUGCCGAGUCUCGCAAUUGGCAAGGAUCUUUUGGCCCUAGACACAGACGACGAAGAGGAAGCGGGUGAGGAAGCGGCCUCUGCAGGCAAUGGAAGCGACAUUGAGGACGAGUACCUGCUCGAGGACAACUUCAACCUAUUUCCCUUGGUCGAGAAGUUCACCGUCAGGUAUCACAGCACGGACAUGCAAUACUGGGCGGGUGUGGUGAUGCGGAACCUGUGUCGAAAAGAUGACACGCGCGGGGGAAUCCGACAAUGCGCCUACUAUCAAUGUGGCAAAUGGGAGGAGUUCACUCGCCAGUUCGCCAAAUGCCGCCGCUGCCGCCGAACAAAGUACUGCAGUAAGGAGUGCCAAAAGAGCGCCUGGGCAUUUCAUCGCCAUUGGUGUGUGGCUGCAGCGCAGUGACGACGUCGCGCGCUUCAGGGGGGGGGCUGAUCUCUUUCUAUUUCGCUGUUCCGUUCUCUCCUCAGCAGACAUCGAAGACGCGAUCUCUCCUCGGUCUUCGUUCUUCUCAUUUGGAAAAUUGCGACAUACAUAACAUCACAAAGCGUUCCGUUACCGCAUAGCAUUUCUUCUCGAUACCACUGGUUCUCAAGGCGUAUUAGGUUUGUUUACAUCAUGAUCCUGGGCACUGCCCCUGGCACCGUUCCGGCCGCUCGACCUGGUAGUUGGGCCACGUUAAGGACGUGGAGGUUCAAGAAUCGGGCGUUCUCAUGCCAGAGACACACUGUCGCACGACGACUCUCAUUCGGCACACAAGGCAGACGUACUGCAAUCUGCGACAUAUAUGCCCACAUACUUACUUACUGUAAGGGCAUUAUUAGAUGAAGGCAGGGAUUCACUGGGUUAUUUGUCAAAACAUCAUCGGUUUUACUUUGCAUUAUUUUAGAAUACAUAGCAAUCAAUCCACCGCACAGCUUCUGGCGGCGCAGAAUCCAAGG